UGCACACACAGCACAUCCUGUCACUAGACUCCUGGGAGUGUCACUUAUAUAGAACUUGUUGGUCCACAACUUCUUAGCUCACAGACCAAGUCACUUUUAGGGAAGUUUUGCAACUUCAAAUGUGCAGGAAGGGCUGGAAUACCUGUUUCAAUCUCUCUCUAAAGUAGCACUUCAAAAGUAUUUCUCUGUUUAGCACUGGUACAUUGACUUCAUCUGGGACCUGCAGAAGGUCUGGUCAGUAAAAGAUGGGCAUCUCAGAAUCUGCCCAACAAGACCUGGAAGUGCCCCCCAUUAACCAAAGUCAAGAAGUAACUAUCCCCAAUGCAGUUCAUGACGUAUCUCUUCCUCAAGCAGAUUCUGGAGGUAGAGACGGCACAAUGGCCCAGACAGAUUUACCUGUUCAAAGUCAGAUCCAAGGAAACCAUCAAGAUAACCAUCAAGUCCCCUCUGAUAUCUGGAAAAAAGGAGGUCGCCUUUUGUCUGCACUGCUGGCCAUUAAUGUUGGUCUGAUUGCCUGUGUUCUUGUGAGUAGUGGCACCUUAGAAGAAGUCUCCGUUAAGGACACUGAAGUCCUCGCUUUUUUGGUCAUUCUUAUGCUGCUCUCUACAGUCUGGAUGAUAUUUCAAUUUUAUUUCUCUUGCCGGAAAAAUGCAGUACUCUACAAAGACUCACAUGCAGGACCUGUGUGGCUUAGAGGUGGUCUGGUGUUCUUUGGGAUCUGCAGUCUGGUUCUUGAUGUUUUUAAGAUUGGUUAUUAUAUUAGUUAUAUUGAUUGUGAAUCUCCAAUCAAGCUCAUUCACCCCAUGGUGCAAAGUGCAUUCAUUAUCCUUCAGACAUAUUUUCUAUGGGUCUCCAGUAAACACUGCGUACAGAUUCACACCAACAUUUCCAGGUAUGGUCUUAUGUUGGUGCUGAUAACAAAUCUCAGCAUAUGGAUGGCUGCAGUCACUGAUGAGUCUGUCCACCAGACAAGAGACCUGGAGGAAGAUUUUAAAGAUAUGGCCAUCACAAUGGGAUAUCAUGAUCAGAGAGAUGCUGGUGGAGCACAUGGCCACACUUGUCGCUGCAGUAAUCAUUUGUGUCACAUUUUCCAAACUGGAUAUUAUUACCUCUACCCAUUUAACAUAGAAUAUAGCCUCUUUGCCUCAGCUAUGACAUAUGUUAUGUGGAAAAACGUUGGACGUAAAAUGGAUGACACCAUGCCAUGUCACCGUCGUCUUAGCCCUUGCUUCUGCUUUCAUAGUAUCUUUGUAGGACUUAUAUUCGGAGGAAUAGUUCUUCUUGGUGGUAUUGUGGCUCUUGUUACAUACAAAGUACAAGUCAAUAUUCGAGCCAAAAGCCACCAGGCUCAUGUCAUGUUUUAUUCAUUCAAUGUUGUUGUCCUCAGCAUUAUGUCAAUGGGCUCACUCACUGGCUCCAUCAUUUACCGGUUUGACAAGAGGGACAUGGAUGGUCACAAGAAUCCAACACGCACUUUAGAUGUUACUUUGCUCCUUGGAGCAGCACUUGGUCAGUACUGUAUCUCAUAUUACUCCAUAGUAGCAAUGGUGGCUACAACCCCUGGGGAGCUUCUCAAUGCUUUGAAUCUGAUAUACUCAUUGCUCAUGAUUGUACAACUUACAUUGCAAAAUACCUUUAUUAUUGAAGGGCUGCAUAGAGAACCUUUCAGAGAUUCCUCUUCAGAUCCAAAUAAAGAACUUGUUUAUACAAAUGAAUCUGUUACACCUAGCCUACCAGAAGAAACUUGUCAGGAACCAGCAGUACCUUCUGGAACAAAUACAGUAGACAAUCACAUGCAAAUGGAUCAAAUCCGCCCAUGGAAUUUAAAAAGAAGACUCGUUCAGGAGAUUUCCCUUUUUUUGCUGCUCUGUAACAUUAUACUUUGGUUAAUGCCUGCGUUUGGUGCUCGACCACAGUUAAAGAAUAAUUUAGAGUUGAAGUUCUAUGGACCUACAGUGUGGACAAUAAUUACCAACAUCAGCCUACCAUUUGGCAUUUUCUAUCGCAUGCAUGGAGCUGCCAGCCUAUUGGAAGUGUUUCGAAUGUCAUAGGAUGUGCUGCUUUAAAGACCUGAAAACACAGAGGAUACAGAGUUUAAAAGACAGUACAAUGGAAUACUGAAUAUAUACUCUGAAAUAAGAACCUGAGAUGGGGGGGAAAUAUUUCCUGACUCCCCUCAUUGUGAUUUAACAACAAACUGAAAUUAAAGAUUGUUUUAUUUUUUUAAACUAUUUAAAGAAAAUUUUGGCACAAUAUUGUGUAGUCUGUCAAGCACGGCUGCCACCUGCCUACAAAUUCAGGGACAAAUCACUAUGACAGAGGACAUCUGUCUAGUGUCCGCAGUGUUUUUAAAGCUGGGGGUUGCAGGUUAUCAGAAGAGAAAGAGCAAGUGCCAUUAUACAUGUCUUGUAAAUAUGAUUACAUACAAAUUCACAAUUUUGGAACACAAAUAGAAAAGCAAACCCAAGAAUCAAGAUUUGAUUACUUUCUUACACAUGUGAAUCAGCUCAUUUAAUCAUAUACCAGGGAUGGGAAAUCCUUUUGACAGUCUGACAAAUUGCUGUAAUUGUUUGGGGAAGUGAAUUAGAGAGCUCGGGUAAAUCAUGGUAGACUAUAACAUGGUCAUGGUCCUCAAGUAUUCCUUUUGGAGGAAAAAAAAAUGACAUACAUUGUUUUACAAUUUUUCUACAAUUAUGUAGUGAAGCACCUUCCACGGGACUCCUUUUACCAUUGAUAGCCACAGAUUCCAAUAUAUCCUUAUAUCCCUAGACAGUGACAGCCAUAAGACCUCCAAUACCAGUGACAGCACCAGACCCGAAUAUAUCUCUAUAAGGCUAUGUUCACAUGUUGGAAUCUCUGCAGAAUUCCACAGCAGCAUUCUAUUCAGUGGGAUUCUGCUGCACUGGUAUCUGGUCCCAUUCCAUGCUCUGGUUCAUCCGCAAUCUUCUGUCAUCAUCCGUAUCUUUGGUUCUGGGGUCAACUUGGAGCAUAGGCAGUUUCCCGAUGUCAUCGCUGCUGUUUGCUAGCAGCAGGACCUAGAAGGCAAACAGCAGCGGUGAUGUCACGAAGCUCAUACACCAAGUCAGCCCCGGAACUGAAGAUACACAGAAGAUUGCGGGAAAACCAGAGCACAGAGCGGAUCCAGGCAAGUAAGUUGCCAUUACAUAGAAAGGUAUAUGGUUAUUAAUGAUUCAGUGGUGAAUUUAUGUAUUAGGCUAUGUACACACUUCAUAGGUGUAAUGCACCUGUAGGGCAGACAUAAUGCCCCAAACUAACAGCAUCAUGUGUUCCUAUGAUGAUGUGAACAUGCGUAUGUAGUGAGACCCUGUUGCUUUUUAAUUCUGUUGUUAAAAAAGGUAUGCUUGUGAUUACGGCAGGCUGCACUUUCCUACCAAAGAACAGCAUCCAGAUGUACUGUAUACUUUAUUUUUCAUUACAAUAAAAAACAAUGGCAACAGAGUCUAUCUAUAUAGGUGUCCAGUCGUAGGAGGAAAGUAGGGAAAGGGGAACAUGAUUGAAAUGUUUAAAUAUGUGAAAGGGUUAAAUAGGGUCUAGGAGGGAAAUGUUUUAACAAGAAACAAAACACAAGGACAAUGGGGCACAAAGUAGUAGUAGAGCUUAAAUAUGUCGGGAAGAGUAUAUAUAUAUAUAUAUAUAUAUAUAUAUAUAUAUAUAUACACAUGUAUAGGCCCUGAAUACAAUCUUCUAUGUUGCUGUUUUGUUUUUUGUUGUGUAUUUUUUUUUUCAAAAAAGCAAAAAAACUUUUGUCUUAACCACAUGGCAAGAAUAUGGUGUUAUCCUAGCCUUAGUUUGGUUUGGACUUAGACCUGAGGACUGUCCAGAAAAUUGAUCAUAAUACGAACGCAGGAACAUUCCCAUAUUAUGUUUGCAUGAAUCAAGCCUUAGAAUGAUUGUGUAUAUUUAUAGAACAAAAAUUCAAUAUUGUAUAAAUUUAGCAAUAUAUGCAUACACGUGUAUAAUUAUAUGUGAGCAUAGUAAUUAUUUUAUAUGACUUCCUCUGGAAUAAGGUUGGCAUUUUCUAAUAAAGCUCAAAUAGCACGCAUGUCCUUAAUAUAAUAUUAAAACUGAAUCUUUGUUUAUGUCUGUCUGCUCCAUUGGGUAUGUCCACUCUCAAGUCUGAACAAUGGAGCUGUUUGAAUUCAAGGAUAGAGUGUUCUGAGAUUCUCACCAGCUCAAGGGGUCCUCCUUUUUCUCAAGCUCAUGUGUGUAGCAAAUUCACCACCAUUUAUACCACCAUAUUUCUGUAAUUAAGA